CCGGCGUGCGGACAGUGACGGACCGGGAACGCGGUCGACGGGUUCGCGCGUGGCCGUUCGUUGUGGCGUCCGUCGCGAGUAACGGACGAACGUGGCGAUAAGUUUCACGUUCACGCCGCCUGCGCCGAGUGCGUACUCGACGGGAACGAGACGGCGUAGCGGAGGACGGCCCCGCGCGUUAGCCUAACCGGGGCAACGCCUUGGAGUGCCGACACUGUUCCCGUGCGAGACCGGUUUCGCUACCGGACCGUCCCGAACAACCGGCGUGCGGCCGCGGCAAGCCGACGAGCUGGACUGAUAACUUACUGCUCCCGGUGGCCAAACUCGACAUGGAAUUUAAUCGGGUCCUGUCAAACCAAGGACUGGACCUAAGGUUUGACGAUUUAACGUACAGAGUAAACGCUUGGACGGACGCGUUCAAAAUAGAGAAGAAAAUUAUUCUCCAAGGCGUGAGCGGCACGUUUAACCGGAGUCAAUUAUGUGCUAUUAUCGGAUGUUCUGGCUCUGGAAAAUCAUCUCUGUUAAAUGCAUUAUCUGGUUACAAGACUAACGGAUGUACAGGAACAAUACUGAUAAAUAAUAAACCUCAAGAUUUGAAAUUUUUUAAGAAACAAUCAUGUUACAUAAUGCAAGAAGACCAACUCCAUUUGCAAUUAACAGUCAUAGAAUCUAUGAUUUUUGCAUCAAAAUUAAAAUGUUUCACUUUCUCUUUGGACGCAAGCCAACUUAAAAUAAUAGAUUAUAUUUUGGAAAGUCUAAACUUAUUUAAAGUUCAAAAUACAAUAACAAAGCAUUUAUCUGGUGGUGAACGUAAAAAAUUAUCAAUCGCAUUAGAACUCAUUCAUAAUCCAAGCAUAAUGUUUUUUGAUGAACCUACUAGUGGAUUGGAUAGUUCUUCAGCAAAUCAAGUAUUGAAUACAUUAAAAGAUCUUGCCAAUUCGGGUCGUACCAUUAUUUGUACUAUACACCAGGCUACUUCUUCUCAGUUAAAGAUAUUUGAUGACCUUUAUGUACUUACGCCAUCUGGUCAUUGUAUAUAUCAUGGUAUGACAUCAAAUCUAUUGGACUAUCUAGCCGUUCAAGGUUUACGAUGCCCUUUGUACCACAACACUGCAGACUACAUUAUUGAAAUAAGUCUUGGAGAAUACGGAGAUCAUGUUGAAAAAUUAGUGAAAUAUAUUAAUAAUGGGAAGUCAAUAGAAUGGUUGAAAAAUACUAAAAUGGAAGUGCUAGUCAAAGAAAAUCAAUCCAAAAUAGAAAAUACUAGUGAUGAAUUUAAAGACAAGACAUUUACAAGACAUAAUUAUCAAAAACUAAUUCAAUUUAUUAUCUUAUUGCAUAGGUGUACAGUUAAAACAUUAAGAGAAAAAUUUGUCGUUACAAGAUUGUUGGUACAUAUUAUUGUUAGCGCUGUAUACGGAUGGAUAUACUUUGAUGUUGGCAUUAAUGCAUCAUAUAUUCAUGAUAACCUUAUGUUAUUGUUUUUCAGUUUACUGUUUAUAAUGUAUACCGCUAGCUCUUCAAUGAUAAUCAACUUUCCCUUGGAAAUUCCAAUACUUUCCAAAGAAUAUUUUAAUCAAUGGUAUUCAUUAGCAUCAUAUUAUCUAAGUUAUACAAUUGUAGAUUUUCCAAUUCAGGUUGCAUGUACGUUUUUGUAUUGUGUUAUACUGUACUAUUUCACUGGACAACCACUUGAAUGGUCACGAUUUGGUAUGUACAUGCUGAUGAUGUUAAUGGUUGGAUUAUUGUCCCAGACUAUUGGCAUGUUAAUGGGUACACUGUUCAGUGAUUUAAGAUUCAGCACUAUUUUAACAAGCUUUUUGCUCAUGCCGUGGAUGAUGUUCGGAGGUAUUUUCAUUAGAAUAUCUGAUACGCCAGAGAUUUUUCGAUGGCUGUUUGACAUUUCCUUCAUGAAACAUGCCAUGGAAGGUAUAGUGCAUUGUAUUUAUGGCUGGGAUCGUCCCAAAUUGAAUUGUUCUAAAAUAUACUGUUACAACUCACUACCGUCACAUAUAUUAAAAGACUUGGACAUGUCAGUCAACAAAUAUUGGUUCAAUUUUUUAGCAGUCAGUGCUAUUUAUUUACUACUGAAAGUGGUCACUUAUCUAGUUUUGAAAGAGAAAUUAAAAAUCCACUGA